AUGAAGGGACGGAAAGAUGCACCUUCAGACUGGGGCUGCUUGGUGGGAAUAUGCUUCUUCAUUCUGGGCCUGGGAACGCUGCUACCGUGGAACUUCUUCAUGACCGCCUCAUUGUAUUUCCAAGAUCGCCUGAACGCCAACGUCACAAACGGGAGCGACGUUAGCAGCAAUAGCAAAUACUUCAACAGCUGUAUGACCCUGCUGUCCCAGCUCCCUCUACUGCUCUUCACGCUUCUCAACUCCAUCCUCUACCAGAGAGUAUCCGAGGUGGCGCGCAUCGCCGGCAGCCUCGUUUUCAUCCUGUUGCUCUUUGUCUUCACCGCCGUUCUUGUUAAAGUGCCCAUGGAGGACUUGGACCUCUUCUUCUCCAUCACCAUGGCAACCAUUUGGUUCAUCAACUCGUUCGGCGCCGUGGUGCAGGGAAGUCUCUUCGGUCUGGUGGGCAUGCUACCCCAGAAGUACAGCGCCAUCUUCAUGAGUGGCCAAGGACUUGCCGGAACUUUUGCCGCGAUGGCUAUGCUUUUAGCAAAUGCCAGUGAUGCGGGCCGCGAGUCUGCGGCGUUGGGCUACUUCAUCACACCGUGUGUGGGCACGCUUGUAACACUCUUCUGCUACUUCCUUUUGCACCGCCUGGAGUUUGCUCGCUAUUACCUGCAACAGAGCGCCAAAUACGAGGCUGGCACCACAGAUGAGCUGCUCACAGCUGAGAGUACCGCAGCGGACGACGGCAAACUCAACGGCCACGCAAACGGCUCAGUGGCCGGCGGGCCUAAGAAAAAUGGAGUCUCGGAGGAGGGCGAGCAGCCGCCGGACAGAAGCCAGGAAGCUUUCCUGUCUUUGGAGCAGGUGGAGAAGAAGCAAGCCAAAGCAUCCAUUUUUGAGGUUUUCAAGAAGAUUUGGGUCAUGGCGUUCUGCGUGACGUUCGUGUUCACGGUCACACUGUCGGUCUUCCCCGCCAUCACCGUCGAUGUUAAGACGUCGUCCCCUGAUUUCGAGACUGUUUUACCAGGAAAUUGGAACCGUUACUUCAUAAACGUGUGCUGCUUCCUGACUUUCAACAUUAACGACUUUAUAGGACGAACUGUCACUACGUUCGUACGCUGGCCUCGUAAAGAGUCACAUCUCUUCCCGCUGUUGGUGGUCUCCCGCGUCAUCUUCAUCCCUCUCCUGAUGCUAUGCAACGUCCAGGAGCGUGCCUACCUGCCGGUCUACUUUCCCUCCGAUGCAGGGUUCACGGUCAUCAUGUCUCUCUUCUCCAUCUCCAGUGGAUAUUUUGUCUGUCUCUCCAUGUCUUACGCGCCACAGUUGGUGGAGCCCAAGGACGCCGAGACUGCCGGAUCCCUCAUGACCUUUUUCUUGGCUCUGGGUCUGUCCAUCGGCGCCGCGCUGUCCUUUCUCCUGCGAAAGCUAGUGUAG